AUGUCGACUAUUAACUUGCAUCCCCCGCAAACGUACUCGCGUCUUUUCCGUCCCUGGGAUACGCAACGCCAAACGCCUGCGCCGCCCGCCAGGCCAGUGAAACGUGAACGUGAAUCCGACACGGAAACCGCAGCAGCACCCGAGAGAGUGACCAUCAAGACGGAGCUGCCCAGCAGCAGCAGUUGCUGCUAUGGCCAGGAAAGCGAUCGUGAAUCUUCCUCGUCAUCCUCCUCCUCCUCCUCGGCGAGCAGCAGCAGCAAAUCCAGCUAUGAGGAUGGACUCAAUAGCAGUUAUACACGCACUUCCACUCCUCUGCUGGAUGCGACGCCGCAGCCAGCAUUUCCCGCAUCCUCGGCUUUGACGCCACAACAGUUGUCCCCCCAACCCGCUCCCUACAUGCCCGCCAGUGAUUUGUACUAUGCCGCCGCAGCAGCAGCCGCCGCCGCCGCCAGUACUCCGACCGCAGCUGCCUUUGGCAUGGAUCCCUUUACGCUGGGCCUGAUGGAGCAGGAGUAUGCACGCGUCAUGGCUGAGGAUGCACAGCUGAAGGCGCUCAACGCUCGCAAGCAGCGACCAAAGAAGUUCAAGUGCCCACAUUGCGAUGUGGCCUUCUCCAACAAUGGCCAACUCAAGGGACACAUUCGCAUCCAUACCGGCGAGCGACCCUUCAAGUGCGACGUGGAAACCUGCGGCAAGACCUUUACACGUAACGAGGAACUAACCCGACACAAGCGCAUCCACUCUGGACUCCGUCCGUAUCCGUGCAGCGCCUGUGGCAAGAAGUUCGGACGCCGUGAUCAUCUCAAGAAGCACAUGAAGACGCAUAUGCCGCAGGAACGUCAGCUGGGACCGGCCAUCUUUAUGCCCAUGUAUCCAUAUCUGUAUGGAUACUAAGUGAGGUGACCUUUGACCGCCACACAGCUAACCCAGCGAUCUGUGAAGCGCUUGCACGCUACAAGCUACAAGCCCAACAA